AUGAAGUUGGCUGACUACCUACAUCGCCUUAAGGGCCUGACGGGCGAGGCACAGAUGCCUCUCGUUGAGGUGUUCAUGAGCGGCGACAAGACGCACAUGGCCGUCAUCUACAUGGGAGACAUCGCCGCCAAGUAACACACACAGACAGACAGGGACAUAAUGCAGCGGCCGCACUGAUGUGUGUGUGUAUCUCAGGCGAUUGACAGACACCCCCCCCGCCGCCCGCGUCCGCGACCUCACGGGCACGGUGCUGACCGUCGAGGAGUGCGCCAGCAGCAUGAGGGCCCAGGCCAAGGGAGUCGGCUGCGCCAAGGUGCAGUUCCAGGCCCGCGCCUAAGCGCGAGACAUAUCUAGAAGCGUGCCCCACUUGCUAAUGCGAGUGGCGGCAAGACAGACAAACUGUCGGCGGUAGCUAGCGCGGCGGCAGCGGGACGGACAGACAGUGUGCAUGUGUGUGUGCAAGUCUGUGUAUGCGAUUGACUGGCAUUUUCUGAAGGACAAGACUUUAUUGACAUCUGUGCAUAUCUCUGGGCCACAGCCAAAGGAAAGAGUCGGCAGUAAUUGUGUA